AAUCCUGACACGUUAUCCGCUAUGUCAAACCCUAGAGCAAUGCAGGCUUUGCUACAGAUUCAGCAGGGCUUGCAGACACUAGCAACAGAAGCACCCGGACUUAUACCAGGAUUCAAUCCUGGUUUAGGUGGAUUGGGAAGCACUGGAGCUCCUACAGGGUCCAUUGUACCUAGUUCUGUUCCCAGUGAAAAUACAAGUUCAACAUCAGGGGCUGCUGAACUUGGUCACCAGCAGUUUGUCCAACAAAUGUUGCAGGCACUUGCUGGUGCAAAUGCUCAGCAGUUACAAAAUCCAGAAGUUAGAUUUCAGCAACAACUGGAGCAGCUGAGUGCAAUGGGCUUUUUGAACCAUGAAGCAAACUUACAAGCUCUAAUAGCAACAGGAGGAGAUAUCAGUGCAGCUAUUGAAAAGCUGCUUGGUGCUCAGCUUUCAUAGCAGUGUCUCUUUAACGUGAAGAAACGUAAUUUAUUUUUGAUAACAGCUCUUAAAUCUUUAAAGCAGUUGCUUUAUUUCAUUCUGACUCUUGGGUUUAUCUUGUUAUAACUA